UAGCAGCUGAUCAGCCCACCUCAACGUGAUGUGAUUGGAAACUUCCGACGAGACGACGGACGAGCUCUCUCUCUCCUAUCAGCAGCAGUACUGAGCCAUCAUGACACCACCGUCGUCGACGUCAUCAUCACCCGCCCGGAGGAGGUGGCAAACGUAUUAGAUCUCCCCACUCUCUGCUCCGGACAUCGGUGAUUGCUUGAUCGGCUCUGACGUUCGGAAGGCAUCCGGCCAUUGGCGUCGCCGGGGUUCCGUUCUUGGCGGGAACGACGAAAUUGAGCUAGUGCGGAAUCGGAGAGGCAAGCAUAUGUGCGGAGGGAGGAGGAGGACGAAAUGGUGAUGUCCGACAAUUCCAAGGGUCUGAUACUGGCGGUGGCGUCCAGCGCUUUCAUCGGGUCGAGCUUCAUCCUCAAGAAGAAAGGCCUCAAGCGCGCCGCCGCUGCCGGCACCAGCGCAGGCGUUGGAGGUUAUACAUACUUACUCGAGCCGCUUUGGUGGGUUGGCAUGGUCACAAUGAUUGUUGGGGAGGUUGCAAAUUUUGUGGCUUAUGUGUAUGCUCCGGCUGUGUUGGUGACGCCCCUCGGUGCAUUGAGUAUAAUAAUUAGUGCUUUUUUGGCGCAUUUCUUGUUGAAGGAAAGGCUGCAAAGGAUGGGUAUUUUGGGAUGUGUGGCCUGCAUUGUCGGAUCCGUUGUAAUUGUGAUCCAUGCACCUCAAGAGCAGACCCCUAAUUCUGUAGAAGAAAUCUGGACUCUUGCAACUCAACCAGCCUUUCUUAUUUAUGUUGCUGCCACAAUAUCCAUAGUGUUAGCCUUGAUUUUGCACUUUGAGCCACGGUAUGGGCAGACGAAUAUCCUGGUCUACAUAGGGAUAUGCUCAUUAGUUGGUUCACUCACGGUCGUGAGCAUAAAAGCCAUUGGCAUCGCAAUUAAGCUUACACUUGAGGGAACCAGCCAAAUUGCCUAUCCUCAGACUUGGUUCUUUGUUACUGUUGCUGCAAUCUGUGUUGUCACCCAGCUAAAUUACCUUAACAAGGCCUUAGAUACAUUCAAUGCCGCAAUCGUCUCUCCAGUAUAUUAUGUGAUGUUCACUACUCUUACCAUUGUUGCAAGUGCAAUAAUGUUCAAGGACUGGUCAGGGCAGGAUGCUAGCAGUAUAGCGUCUGAGCUAUGUGGAUUUAUCACUGUGCUUUCGGGUACUAUAAUACUUCAUUCAACUAGAGAACAGGAACCAGCUCAUCCCAUAGGAACAGUGACUUGGUAUGGUAGUGCAGAAUCUAUAAAACCCUAUGAAGACGAGCCCCUUAUCAAUUUACAUGAUUCAGAUUAUUUUGAGCACCAAGAUUCAGCCUCUAACAGGGAUCAAAAUGCUCCUCCCCGGAACUGCACUGUAAUUAGCAUUUGAACAAGCAGCGUAGUCCAAACAUUCGCGGGUCCCUGCUUACACCACCCCAAUAGAGCUCCUGGGGUCUUUGCAAGAGUUUUUAUUGCAACUUGCAGCCCCAGAUCUUUUGCAAGUUAUUCAACAAGCACACGAGUAAAAGAAGGAAGAUCUCCAUUCGUGCGUGUACGCCAUUCUCCUCUUUUGCAUGAAGUCUUUAAUUUGCAGUGCGGGGUGAGGGCUUUUUGCGAACAGCUCGGUGUUAGAUGUUUUCGAUUGGCUUUUGUUUGAUUGUACAGGUAUGCUGUCUGCCUUUUUGGUUUUAUUGUCUUUAGAUUGUCUCGGCAUUACCGAGUUAGGUCUGAUUCUUUCCUUCUUGAUGAGUUCUGUAAGUUUUCGAAUAUUCAUGAGUCAUGAGACUUCCCCACACAGCUUCUGAAAGAGAAUUUCAAUCAUUCAAUGUGCCUUCAUACACCA